AUGCCCGACCUUACUCUCUUCUGUCUCACCGAUGGAGAACCCACGUCGAAUGCAUUUUCCGUCAAGAUCCCCUCGACAGAAACCGUGUAUAGCCUCAAGAAGCUCAUCAAGGCCGAGAAAACUGUCACUUUUGCUGAUGUCGACGCAGACAAGCUUACGCUCUGGCGUGUCUCGGUUCCUGUCGUCGCUGCCAACAUCCACAAUGUGGUCUUCCUGAACGAGAUCGAUUCCAAGACGGAGCUUGUCCCGACGACUCGCCUCUCCAAGGUCUUCACAGAAGAGCCGCCUGAAGAAGUAAUCCACAUCAUUGUUCAGCGGCCACGACCAGACCUUUUAUCAGAGCGCGAGUUCGUGCAACAUGUUUUGGGACCUGUCACCGACAUAAACCAAAGGGCGCAUGGAAUAACGACCAACUCGACUCGCACAUACUUGUUGACCUCUACGUCAGUUGCCAUAUGGAAUGAUUUUUUAGCCCUGGUGCGCCAAAUGCCACUUGAGACUGAGCCAACCUAUCCACGUCCAAGAUCUCGGUCAGACAGGAUGUUUGUAGCCGAGCCAAGUCUCCACGAAAUCUUCCAAUGCGAUGUCGGUGCCGUCCAAAGCCUGCCCCCCUUUGCAAACACUUUCUGUUCUGUUAGCCUGCAACAUAGUAUACCCGACCUGGUAUGCUCACGCCAGAAUGACUUCAACUCGGUAUUGUUUCCGAUCGAAAUGAAAAAGCCAUCCUACCUACAUUUGGAUGUAGGCACCAAUUAUCGAAGCGCUUAUCGGCCACAAGGAUCACGGACACAAGGACCGGCUGGUGCGCUGAAGCAGAUAUUCGGAUACAUACGGUUCAACGGGUUUCGAUAUGGCGUACUGUCUACCUACGAUCAGACCUGGUUUAUCAAGAGAGUCAGGGAGCAUGAGGACGACAUCUUAGUCUCGCCUACAAUCCACUUCGACAGCACAGAGCCAACAUUACUUCAAUGUUACUUGUGGUUGAUCAGGACGGCAGCCAAGGACGAUGAAUGGCAGCCUGACAGACCCGAUAGCCCUACGGUUAACAGCAUGCUCGCAGACGAACAGGCUAAAGUCAGGGCUGCGAAACGUGAUCGUGACUGGAAGCCAGGGCUUGGCGGAAGAUUUAAACGAGGAGUGAAGAGGAUUUUUACGCGAAGCAGAGCCAGGGAACAGUCAGGGGUCACGGAACGAGAGCUUACCGAUUUCCCCGUUUUCAAAAACAUGAAGCUUAUUGCUCAAGGUGAAGAAGGUGUCCGUACGUUCCGGGCGUCAUGGUCAAACGAGGAUGUUGUGCUUAAGAAAGCCGACAUAUAUAAUCAGCGAGGGGCUGUUCAUGAGUUGGAGCAUGAGGAAAGGGUUUACCAGGUUCUGCAGAAGCUGUAA